GAGAAGAGAGAAGAGAGAAAGAAGAGAAGAAGAGAGAAGAAGAGAAGAGAGAAAGAAGAAGAGAGAGAAGAGAAGAGAAGAAGAGAAGAAGAAAGAGAAAGAAGAAGAGAAGAAAGAGAAGAGAAGAGAAGAGAGAGAGAAGAGAAGAAGAGAAGAGAAAGAGAGAAGAGAAAGAAGAGAAAGAGAGAAGAAAGAGAGAAGAGAAGAAGAGAAGAAAGAAGAGAGAAGAGAGAAGAAGAAGAAGAGAAGAGAAGAGAAGAGAGAAAGAGAGAGAAGAAGAAAGAGAGAGAAAGAAGAGAAGAGAAGAAGAAAGAAGAAGAGAAGAAGAGAAGAGAAGAGAAGAAAGAGAGAGAAGAGAGAAGAAAGAGAGAAGAAGAGAGAGAAAGAGAAAGAGAGGAGAAAGAGAGAAGAAGAGAAGAGAAGAGAAGAGAAAGAGAAAGAAGAGAAGAAGAGAGAAGAGAAGAGAGAAGAGAGAAGAAGAAAGAGAGAAGAGAAGAGAAGAGAAGAGAGAGAGAAGAAAGAAGAGAGAAGAGAAAGAGAAGAGAAGAGAAGAAGAGAAGAGAGAGAAGAGAGAAGAAAGAAGAGAAGAGAAGAAGAGAAGAGAGAAGAAGAGAGGAAGAAGAAGAAGAGAGAGAAAGAGAAGAGAAGAGAAGAAGAGAGAGAAGAAGAGAGAAAGGAGAAGAAGAGAGAAGAGAAGAGAGAGAAGAGAGAGAAAGAGAGAAGAGAAAGAAGAGAAGAGAGAGAAGAGAGAAGAGAGAGAGAAGAGAAGAGAGAAGAGAGAAGAGAGAAGAGAAGAAGAGAGAAGAAGAGAAAGAGAGAGAGAAGAAAAGAGAGAAGAGAGAAGAAGAGAAAGAAGAGAGAAGAGAAGGAGAGAAAGAAGAGAAGAAGAGAAAGAGAGAGAAGAAGAAGAGAGAAGAGAAGAGAGAAAGAGAGAGAGAAGAAGAGAGAGAAGAGAAAGAAGAGAGAAGAAGAAGAGAAGAGAAGAGAGAAGAAGAAAGAGAGAAAGAGAGAAGAGAGAGAAGAGAGAAGAAGAAAGAGAGAAAGAGAAGAAGAGAAGAGAAGAAGAGAAAGAGAGAAGAGAGAAGAGAGAAGAGAGAGAGAAAGAAGAAGAGAAGAGAGAGAGAGAAGAGAAAGAGAGAAGAGAGAAAGAAGAGAAGAGAGAGAAAGAGAAGAAGAGAGAAGAGAAGAAAGAAGAGAAGAAGAGAAGAGAAAGAGAGAGAGAAGAGAAGAGAAGAAGAGAGAGAAGAGAGAAGAAAGAGAGAGAAGAGAAGAGAAGAGAAGAGAAGAAAGAGAGAAGAGAAGAGAAGAGAGAGAAAGAAGAAGGAGAGAAGAGAAAGAGAAGAGAAGAGAAGAGAAGAAAGAGAAGAGAAGAGAGAAGAGAGAAGAGAAGAAGAGAAGAAGAGAGAAGAAAGAGAAGAGAGAGAGAAGAAGAGAGAG